AUGAUUGUUUCUACGCAGCAUGGUAGCUGCGUCUAUGCAAGUCGGUCACAGCCACACUGUGUAGACUUUUCCGUAAGCAUUGCCGAGUGUGCCGGCUUGAGCAAAGAGCCAUUUGCAGGCUGUGGCCUACAGAGCAGCUUGAGGUGCACGGGUUGCCAGCGCUGCUUGCGUCAGUAUCAGCCAGUCUUGCUUACUCAAAGGGCAAGAUGGGCCAGUCCUGUCUUGGAGCACUGCUUCCAAAAUGGUUUGUGGGGACAUGCCCUCAGUUGCACUGCCACAUCAGAAAGUUCCAGUGAAGAUAGCGACAGCGCCAUGACUCAAGCAGCUAAAACUCCAGUAGACUUGGAACUCCGACCGGUGGUCACCAAAGUCAUCCAAAGCCUUUCAAAUCGAUCGCUUCUCUGA